UUCUCAUGCUCCAUAUGUGACAAAUACAACCCAACAUUCACAAAGUGAUGUAGUUGGUAUAGAAGACAUUGUUUUCUCGUCGAUGAUUGGGACUAAGAAUUUGUCCAACCGGUGGGCAAAACAAUGCAGACAUCGGCAAGAUGGGUGACUUGGUCCUAUAAAAGAGUUCUUUGCAUUUGCCCUUCUUAGAAAAGCAAGUGUUUUCAUUGAAUAGAGAGAAAUGGCUGAGGCUUUGGUGAAGUUCUUUGUGCAGAGAUUGAAUUCUCUAUUAGUUGAGGAAAUUGAAACCUUCUCUGGCCUUGAAGAUCAAAUGCAUAGGUUGGUAAAUACACUCAGGGAGGUGGGACAGUACACUGAAGAAAUGAGUUGUGAAGAAGGAGAUGCUGCUACAUGUGGUUGGGUGAAUGAACUGAGAGAACUGAUCAGUGAAAUGGAUGACCAUAUCGAUGAGUUCAUCAUUCAGAUGGAUAGGCAAAAGAAAUCGGAUUGCUUAGUCCUGACUGAUUGCUUCAGAAGUGAAUUGCUGAAGAUAGAAUCUCGCCUUGCCCUAGCUGUUCACAGAAUGGCAGAGCUCAAAAUUCCAACUACUGUUGAAGAGAUGGAAUACAGCAUGGAAAAUCCUCAUGAACUGGAAGGCCGUGGGGAAGAUGACAGGAAAAAAUCUCAAGAGCAGGCAAGUCAGAUAGCAUCACCAAAAAAUUCAGCCACCAUUGGAGGACAGAAGAAAGACGACAAGGAUGAGUCUCAAGAUUUCCAUGACAGUCAGAAAUCUGCCCUUAAAAUUUCAACUACCACUGGAGGAGAUGAGGAGGAUAACAUGGAAACCUCUCAUGGGGUAGAAGAAGGUGAGACAUCCGAUCAAACUUUUUCUCAAUUCCAAUUAGACUAUAAUAAGCUACCAUAUUAUCUUCAAUCUUGUUUCCUAUAUUGUUGCACCUUCCCUGAGGCCUACUGGAUACAUAAAGGACGAUUAAUUCAAUUAUUAGUUGCUGAAGGGCUGGUUCAAGAGAAAGCAGGAGAGAUAAUGGAAGAUAUAGCAGAAGCAAAUAUAAAUGAACUGAUUAUCCAGAACAUGCUUCAAGAAGAAGAUAAUAACCCCAACAGGUUAAGUGUCCCCUAUCUUUACCGUGAUUUUUGUAUCCACAAGAUGGAGAAGAAAAUUUUCACUGCUACAUGUACCAGUCCAAUUUUCAGCUUUCCUCGCUCUGCUCGUCGUGUUUCAAUUGAUUUAGACAAGAUAACAGUAACACCUGACUUAACCGAUCUCCAACCCCGGUCUUUAUUCUUGUUUGGGUACCAAGACCUUCCUGAGCAUGACAGAAAUUGGCUAACUUUGCCUUGGGCAAAAUUUUUACGAGUGCUAGAUUUAGAAGGUAGGAAGAUCAAGAGCUUACCAGAUGAAGUGGAAAACCUGAUACAUCUGAGAUAUCUUGGCUUGAGAAAAACCAACAUAAAUCAGCUUCCAGCAAGCCUUGGUAACUUACGAGCCCUUCAAACUUUAGUUCUCAGAUGGUGUGGCUAUUUCAAAGCACUUCCAGCAAAGAUAAUAAACCUUGCAAAAUUGAGGCACCUAAAACUAGGCCCCAAUAAUUCAUGGGGAACGACACCAUCAGCAGGAAUAGGAAAAUUGAAAAAUCUACUGACGCUUACUGGUAUACAUGCUGAUUGUUGCAUUACAAGAGAAUUAGGUAACCUGGUUCAGCUCAGAAAAAUGGGAAUAAUCGAUGUAACUGGUGAGAAUGUUGGUGAAGUCUUUGCCUCCAUUGGCAAGAUUCAGGGCCUUCUAUGUUUGUCUCUAAUGGGCAAAUAUGUUGACCACCAGCUAGUUCUUGUCCUUCCAGAUUCCUUUUCACCCCCACCCACUAUUAGGAAACUUCGCCUAGACGGGCUCCUACAAAAGCUACCACAGUGGCUUGGCUCGAUGAAAAUGCUCACCAAACUCAGGCUAGGUUUCUCUUACCUGUCUGAAAACCCAAUGUUGGUGCUUCAUCUACUACCUAAUUUGACAAGGUUAACCUUGUGGCAGGCUUAUGUUUCAAAGCAGUUAGGGAAAGAAUUUUGCAGGGUUGGUUGGUUUCCCAAGCUUGAAUUUCUUCAAAUUGCUUCUAAUGUUUUGGAGGAAUGGACAGCGAUUGAAAAGGGAGCACUACCAAGUUUGAAUUGCCUUCAUUUUCAUUGCUGUUCAAAACUGAGAAUGCUUCCUGAAGGAUUACAGUUUGUAACCACAUUGAAGCAUUUAUAUUUGUUCCCUCUGCUUGAUGAUCACAAGGAAAGGCUGAAACCUGAUGGAGGAGAAGAGAAUUACAAAAUCAAGCACAUUUCACAAAUAUCAUUCAUCCCUACAUCCUGUUGCGAACCCUCUGCAAGAAGGAAUGCAGGAGACAUGUGUGGAUAGAUGAAUAUUAACUAUUGACAGUCUCUUGGCCAAAAUAA